AUGGCCGGAGUUGCAGCCGCACGGGUUUUGAGCCGGAGAGGAGUCCCAGUGCGGCUUUACGAGCGCCAAGGAGACCUGGGAGGACGCUUGGGUGCGGCGCAGCUGGGGGAACACUGGGUGGGCCUGGGUGCGACGUACAUCAAGGCCAAAGACCCACUUUUCAAGGCAGAAAUGGCGAGGUGGGAAGAGCUCGGCGUAGCUGUCGAGUGGGCUGUGGGCGUGCCGCACUUCAUUGAAGCCCCGGGAAGCUUCAGCGAGAGGCCGGAGCUGAAAGCGGAAACCGACCGCUGGCACGUGGGCCGGCCCAGCAUGGGCAGCUUGGUGGAGCUCUCCGUGGAGGACCUGGAACACAUCACUCGCUGCGGUGAGGUUGAUUCAGUGAGCUGGGAAGAGGAAGCCUGGCUCCUCAACGGCUGUGAUUCUGUGUCUGCGCUGAUCAUGGCCUUGCCCCUGGCACCGUUGCGAUCGUUGCUGCCGGCAGGGACAGUCGAAGGGAUGCUGCCGGCCGAUUUGCUGGCGAAGGACUUCGAAAAGGUCAAAGACUCCCCGAUUUCCCUUGUGCUGGACGAUUCUUCUCGCAUCCCCAGACAUGGUGCCGAGGUGGAGGUGUGGGUCGCGCAAACUUCGACGGAGUGGGCAGCUCAAUGCAUCAAGGACGCCAUGCCGGAGGCAGAGGUUUCUUCGGUGCUCCUCCGUGAGUUCAGCCGAAUUCUCGGCAAGGAGCUGCCAAAACCCUUGCACGAAAAGGCCCUUGUCUGGCCCUAUGGGGACAUGGACUACAAGCUGUCGGAGGGCCACGCCUGGGAUGCCCGGAGGCAGCUGGCCCUGGCCGGAGACUGGUGCUACAAUGGCCGUGUGGAGGGGGCCUGGCUUAGCGGCCAUCAUGCUGCUGCCAAGGUUCUAGAAGCCCUCCAAGGAUAA